AUAACACCAUUGUCGAAAUGGCACCGAAAGCAAGUGGAAAAGCAGUCAAAAAAGCCGGCAAGGCAACGAAGGCCAUUGUGAAGGGAGACAAGAAAAAGCGUAAGCAACGGCGCAAGGAGAGCUAUGCUAUCUACAUCUACAAGGUGUUGAAGCAAGUUCACCCCGACACCGGAGUUUCCUCGAAGGCCAUGAGCAUCAUGAACAGCUUUGUUAACGACAUCUUCGAACGCAUUGCAUCCGAAGCUUCUCGUCUGGCUCAUUACAACAAGCGCUCUACAAUCACUUCCCGCGAGAUACAGACUGCCGUUCGUCUUCUGUUACCGGGAGAGUUGGCCAAACACGCUGUCUCGGAAGGCACCAAGGCUGUCACUAAGUAUACUAGCUCCAAGUAAAUUCAUCUAAU